GAUAAAGUGAUAUUAAACACGAUCGGUGAUGUCGUCAAAUAUCACAGACGAGGCUGCAGACGACGACUCAUCAGGGAUGUCACUUCCGGUUUUGGUUGUCGUUGCUGUCCUUAUUUCCAUCAUGAUAAUCCUGACCAUGGGUGGAAACCUCUUUGUUCUCAUCACUUUUGCCAAAGACAAAACCGUUCGACAAUUUAGUGACUGUCUCAUUUUGAACCUCGCUAUUUCUGAUUUAAUCAUCGGAUCCAUAUGUAUACCGUUGUAUGCGCCAUUACUCUUAACCGGAAGUUGGCCAUUUGGACACGGAGUUUGCCUUCUGUGGCUAGUGUUUGACUACGUCACACCUGCAGCAUCCACACUCAACAUCUGUUGUAUUAGUUUUGAUCGUUACCUACAGGUUGGUCAUCCUUUGUGGGCACGUACCCACCGGACUAACAAACUUCUGGUCAUCUUACUGGCUACACCUUGGGUUCUUCCCGCUCUGUUCUUUCUGCCAGCCAUUACUCUAUGGGAAGUUGGCCAAGGUCCCAUCAUUCCGGAAAAUGCGUGUUUUCUUCCCUACAACGUCAGCGUUUUAAUGCUCCUUGGUGGUACUCUGAUUGAGUUUAUUUUCCCGUUCAUUACGGUAGCCACCUUCAACGUCCUGGUAUACCUAACAAUCAGACAGAGGAGCAAACGUUUCAAGAUGGCCACUGCACAAACUCCUGCCCAAACUAAUGCAGGAACUGAACAGGGCAAUGCGAAACCGACAGAACAAACGAAAGGAGGGAAUUCUACCAACAACAAAACGUUACAGCAAGACCGUAAAGCCGCACGCUCACUUUUCAUCCUGGUGUUGACCUUUGGGGUAUGUUGGAUGCCGUUUGAAGUCACAGCACUUGUAUCAACUAUUUGCGGGGGUUGCGUGGAACCGAUAUUUUUUGAGGUGACGUUUUGGCUACUUUGGAUCAAUUCGACCAUUAAUCCCGUGCUGUACCCAUUGCUCCAUCCAAGAUACAGACGGGCGUUCCUCAACCUUCUCGGGAAGAAGAACAGGAUUGCUCCUGUUCCUACUGCUACUAGUGCUGUCAACACCACAUAUUGAGAGCAAUUCUCGUGUACGAAUUAAUAUACAUCGAUACAUUUACAUCAGCGAGUUAAUAUGUCUGUAUUUUAUUCUAUAGUUUAAAACUAUGAACAUGGUUACAAGAGGCCAUACGAAUAGGCCCAUUACAUACAGGUGAUAUGGCGAUACAAGAGGCUAUACGAAUAGAUCCUUAACAUAUGGAAAUAUGGUGAUACAAGAGGCUAUACGAAUAGACCCGUUACAUACAGGUAUGUUCUGGUUCUUGAUAAAUUAAUCAACAUACUGUUAAGAAUUCGAGUAUAGCCAGGUGCGUCGAGAUAAUUAUGUUUUGUUUUGUAAUAACUUUGAAUGUAAUUAUGUAAGAUAUAUAACUUCUAAUGUAUUUCGUUAUCAUAUAUUUUGUAAGUUCAUCAUAUAUUUUGUAAGUUCUCUUAUUUCAAACUAUCAAGACUAAGAAAACACAAAUACAUACUACAUGUAGUAUAAUAGUUUGAUUGAGAUGAAAAACAUACGCUUAUUUUUCGGUGGAAAUGGCAUCAUUUGUCUUUGCGUUUAAAUCCAUGGUGUAUUGUAUGUAGACCUCUUCAAAGACUCUUCACGUUUAUCUUAUGAUUUCGCUACCUUUAAUUAAGUAAUAUGUGCUGGGAAAUAUAUCGAUGAUUUAUACUAACUGUAUCAAUUAAUGAAUGAGUGGUCGCGUAGUACAGUGGUACCACACUCGUCUUUCACCCUGGCGACCGAGGUUCGAUUCCACGCUCGGAUCUAAACAGGUAUGGAGUCACCUGCCCUACCUCGACGGCUUCCUCCGUCGGGAUACUCGGGUUUCCUCCGAGACUAAGACCCGCUGUACGCUUCCAAAAGGUCCAACAAGAGUGAUUAAUAUAAGUUGAUACGAUUUGUUUCGCAAUUGUUGAAAAAAAAAUGUCUAUACUCUUUUUAUUUGGUUAACUAACAAUUGUUUUCAUAUUUACAAAAAAAAAAAAAAAAAAUACAUUAUAUUAAUUUCGUUUAUUAAGUGUUCUACUGGUGCAACGCCUUGCUAAGACAAUCCAACGAGUCUAGGUUGUAUUCGACUUGGUGUCAUAUUGGAACCGUAUGUUAAUUUUCCCUGUACAAUGUUUCAACAUGAUGAGACUAUGGCUAAUCUGAAAAGGAAAUACACCAACGUGUAACACAGCACUCUAUUGAUUUCCUUUAUAGCGUUAUACAACAUAGAUAUGUCAAUAAUAAACGGCAAUGCAUCCUGAUUAAUGUAUAUAUACAAUAUAUAUUUAUAUUUUGAUUUUUUUUCCAAUUUAUAAUACAUGUAUAAUCGAAUCUAAUAAAAGAGAAAGAAUAGUCUUUCAGAUAUUUUUUCGGGAUUUUAAAGACGUUUAUUAAAGAAAAAUAAAUUAAUCGAGUUUUUGUCGCACAUGUAAAAUAUUUGAAUAUUAGCUUUCCGUCUUUUAAUGUAAGUAUGAUUAUAUAUGCCGGUGUGUAUGUGACAAGGUAUUAUGUAUAUUGAUAUAUUUUUGUGUAUCAUGAUUUGUUUUGCUUUCUGCUAAAUUUUGUUUUUUAUAACUCGAGUAACAUAGUUUUUUACAAGAUUAUUAAAUUUCACCUUUUUCAAUGUGGUCACAGUAGUUAGAUUGGUAGCAUGAUACACCUUUUAAUUUUACGGUGGAGAGUUCGACUCCGACCUGUAGCAUGAAGGUUUUUAUCAUUAUUAUCAUCGCUGGGGAAGUGAC